UCGAGCCGCGACCACCGAGCGGUGAGCGUAUUUCUCUCCUGUCGGUUUCCACUGCGGCAAUCAACAGCAGCAGCAGCAGCCUAGCAAAAAAUAAAAAAAAAGGAAAACAAGGAAGGGAGAUCAAUCCGACGGCAGCGGUGCAUCGAACGAGAUGAGCUUGUACCUGAGCUAACUGGUGCAGGAGCAGGAGGCAGAACGAAAUUUCUCGUCGAAUCGAGCCCCACGGGCCCGCUGGGGAAGCUCGCGUGCACGGACGUAAACAGAGGGCGAAGGAGGACACGCGAUUCGUCGGUGCGUGUCCACGCACGCGUAAAACGCGUUCCCUGCGAUGCACCGUACGCAACGUGCAUCCGCGCGCUAUAGCGAUUCUUCGUGCAAUUAGACCCGCGUGACCCGUGUAAGUUUAUUGCGCGGCGGACACCGUUUUCCAUGUGCCAGAGAGAGCCCCGCCGCGCCGCCGAAACCAGAGGCCUACUAGCGGGUGGCUGCGCGCUGUCAACCCUGGGAACCGGGGACGGACCUUGAGAGCGAAACAUUGACCGGAUCUGCCUGAACGCCGAUCCUCGGACACAAUAAGCUCCCCCGUAGCCCGAAUAGUGUGCAUAGCUCUCUCUCACUCUCUCGCGCGCGCGCCGCUGUGUAACGUUACGUGUCGCGAACAGAGAGGGACACCUAGCUGCCAACGGUUUUUCACCGCGUAUAUGCACCGCGUCCCCAGGCCUGCAUCGCGUUUUGCGGCACGUUGUGGGCCCCGAAGGCUCUCCGUCUAAGUAACAGUACUUCCUCGCGCUCGCUGGAACAAGCCUCUCUCCGAAGAACGGGACCCACACUCCACGAGCCCGCUCUCCGCACGCUGCUUCCCGCGCCCCCUUCCCCGGCCUCCUCCUCCUCCCGCCGCUAGGCCUCUUUCGACCGGCACACACUCUCUUUCUGUGUGCCUGUCACUCUUUCUCUCUCUCUCUUGCUCCUUUUCUCCCUCCGCGUCUCUGCCCCUUCCCGAGCCCGAAGUAGUCUGGCCGGUCGGGCACGGGUAGUCUCGUGAAACCAGUCCUCGUACGGUGGACCUCUCGGUUGGGACCUGGCGAAGUGAGGAGAGGUCGCUCGCAUCUCGCCGCGCGUAAACCGGCACCGUUUGCACCUGCCGCGCGAUUCCAAGUUUUUCGGCGAUCACGCGUGAACGUCCGUCGGAUCCGUGCGAGAGCCGUUCGUUCGUUCGUUCGUUCGUUCGUCCUGUGGGUGCCGCCGGUGGUGUUCCACGAAAUCCUAAAUCGGACCUCGGUCCGCGAAGAAAAGGAGUACGUUCGUUCGUUCUCCGGUUUCGGCCGGUUCUACGCCGCGCGAGACUGUGGCCGGGGAAUCGGUAACACGGUCCCCCCCGAGUACAGGCGUCGUCGUCGCGUGUUUAUCCACGGGAACCAGUCCUGCCGGUCAGAAGGACGCCGCCGAUCGGGUAAGUGGCACGCUUUUGCGCCGUCGGACCCGACGUCACCCGAAGAUACCCGGCGCAGGGGAUCGCUCCGACGACGGGCUGCCGCACAGCCCGGCCUGGACGGACGUGGAAAGGGGGAGCACCGGCGGCGUGUUUCGCGCCAAAGAAUAAGACCAGUGUGUUCACGUGUGUGUGUGCAUCUGUGCGUACCGGCGGCGGCUCGGAGGAGGAGUGGGGGAACGGUUACGGACGACACGCAGCCGAACGAGCGCGCGCACCCUGUUACGCGACACCGUGAUGCUGGUGACAACGCGCGCACCAUUUAAACCGUGCCCGUCGAAUAUCUGCUGGACGUCGAGCAGCAGCGUGGCCGAGCGAGAGAUUCGCGGCUGAGAAGAGAGGACACUUGUCACAGUGGGUCGUCGUACGUCGACGGCACGUGUGAGUGUCGCGUGUAAAGAAAACACCGCCGCCGCCAUGACAGUCGGAGCGCGCCGAGGAUAAGAAGGUGCGCGUCCUGCUGCUGAGAAAAUGAGCCAGUAUUUCGUCGCGGACGCCACGCUCGCAGGAUCAUCCGGCUGGUGAAGCACACGCUAAGAGAGAGAGAGAGAGAGAGAGGUGUCGGUCUCUCUCUUUCUACUCCCCGCGUCUCGACCUAACCUCUCCAAGUGUGUCUCGAGAGCCCCACUAAUCUAAUUCGUGCCCGUUACCUUCGCGGCGGCUCUCGAUGGAAGCGGUUCCGCUCGACUGAUUUUCAGCGUGGAUCCUCGUAGAUCUCGAAGUCCUCCCGAGAAACGACCGCCAGAGAAUCCGUACCGGCCAUUGUCGUCGCAACGGCCGUUUAAAGUGCUCGACAGUUGUUGGUGCGCCGCGUUUCGUUCGACCUCUCCGCCGCCGCCGCCGUCGCCGCCGCCGCGCAGUUCGCUCGCGCUGUUAGUGCGCAACCUAUCGCGCCGGUCGCGGUUAAUUUCGAUAAUCGAAAGCGAAUCGAUUCACGCGAGAGAUUAACACGGUGCAGUGAUCGCGCGGUACGCUCGGUGCUCGUCUUUUCUCUCUGAUCCCAGCGGUUUCUGUGCGCGACCCGCACUACUCCUUGUGUUCGACCAGUGAUUCGUCGGGGCUUUUAAUUUAUUCUUCUGUUGCCGCGCGCGUUUGUGCCACUGUGCUCUCUAACAUCGAAACGGAUCGAUGGAUCGACGCUGAGGAACCGAAUCUGCUUCGAAGAACUCGCGGGGAACACCAGCCAGCCAAAUGAAGACCACACAGCGCGCGCUAAGCUUCGACGAGACGUCGAUGGACAGCUGCCCGUUGGCCGUCGCCGACGGGAGGACGACGGAUGGGCCCUCCAAGGACAACGUCGAGACGGAGGUGACCUCGUUGGAGGAGGCGAAAUCGGUGAUCGCGACACUGCGCGCGAGACAGAGGGCACAGGCGCAUCAGAUGCUCGCAUGGCGGCGGACCCUGAAAUUGCAGGAGGACCUGGUGGCCCGGCUGACGAGAGAGAAGGCCGAGCAGCUCCGGACGCUGUCAUCGCAGCUGCUGCUGUUCGAGUCGAGGCUCUGCCGGAAGCAGAAGGAGAUCGAGGCUAGCUUGACGCAACGGGAGUCCAUUAUCCUCAGACAGCAGAGGAUGAUACAGCAAUUGCAGAGCAGAUUGGCGGAAAGGUCGACCGGGACCAGGGACUCGCCGCCUUGCGACGCCCUCGAUAGAUUGGACAGCCUCGGUGACGGCGACAGCGCCGUCGUUCUCGAAGAGGCUGCCGACGACCUCGCGCCGCCCAGGUUCCGCUCGAACAUCACCGACGUGACAGUGAUUCGAUCGGUAUCGGACGCGGUCGAGCCAUCCAGCAAGUACUCGUCGAUGCGACGAUGCAACGGAUUCUUAAGGCGACCGGAGAUACUGGAGACCGUCUACUCGGUCGAGGAGGACGGGGACAGCGAGAACAAUCAGGACCCGUCCGAGUCCACCGAGAACUCCGAGUGCGAGGACCGGCGCUCGAAACACUUGGGAAACGGCAAAGGAAGGCUGCAGGAUCUCUACGGCAGCUUCGAGAGACUCGCCCAAGAAGCGGAUUCUCCGCCGAGCGAGAGGCCAAGGGACGAGAGCCAGCAGGCGCAGGUCACGUACAACAGGGUAAUGAGCAAUCACCGAUCGGUCACGAAGCCAAAAGACGUGAAGUACAAGAGGAUAAACAAAGCGAAGUCGAAAAGCCUGGAGGAGCUGAGGGGACGCCUGAGGACCUGGGUCGAGAAGGGGAACAAGAUCGCAAUAUCUUUCGACCAGUCUUACGCCUGAACAAUGUGUACCUCCUUCUUCGAAAGUAUAUCCGUGUAGAUGUUAUACAUACUUUUACUUUCUCGUUUCUUUCUUUCUUUUCUCUCUCUCUCUCUCUCUCUCUCUCUCUUUCUCUUUCUCUCUCUCUCUCUCGGCCGGUCGAUCGCGCGUACGAUCGCCCCGGCGCGUCUGUGUAUGUAUUUUCUUCCUCCGUGCAGCAGCGCGCGCGCGCGCGGGCUAUCCGCGCGUUCCAACCGGAGGGGAGGGAGAGGGAAAUCGAAUCGCGAUGUUCCGACGCGGCCGGAUCGCCGGCGCGGCGGUGUGUGGUGUAUUUUAAUUGAAAUUCUCAUCGCUCCAUGUGAUAUUUACUGUAGUGUCUCGAGAAUGAAAAUUAGAGAACGUCGCGCGUCGACAAUUUCCAACACUUGUGAUAUAUAUAAAUGAUUUUAUAGCAACA